CGGUUCGAGCUGCGACGGUGGCCAAAUUGGAGACAGUGAGGGGCGAGCGCAAGGGAGUUCCCCCUGCCGCAGCGCCACCGGGCCCCAGCCAAGCAACCCAGGAUCCGCUCCAGGAAAUGAUAGAAAGUGGCAUCUGGUCCAGAAUGUCAGAACCGAUCAGAAGCUCAGGGCACAGCCACCACUGCUCUCCACAGGAAUACAGGCUCCUGCCUCCCAUGGGUGACGAUGACCUCCCUGGGGACCUUCAGUCACUGUCGUGGCUCACGGCCGUGGACGUGCCUCGGCUGCAGCAGAUGGCAAAUGGGCGGAUAGACCUGGGCAGUUCUGGUGUGCCACAUCCACACCCAGGUGCCUUGGCAGGAACGGCAGACCUGCAUGUGGGUGCGGCCCCAUGUCCCCUGCUCCGCCGCAGCCAGACUGCCGUGGUCCCCAGAGGCAUGCUGGGCUUGGGCCACCACAGAGCCAGUGCUGAGCAGAUGAACCAGUUCCCCGCAGGAGGCCAGGCAUCAUCGGGCCUCCAGGAAAUGCCACAGCUGUACUCCCCAGCUACCCAAAUCCAGUUCCCUCUGCCUCUGGGGUCCCAGCAGUGCCCUCCUGCCGGCCUCUAUGGUUCUCCGUUCCUGGCUCGGCCUUCCUACCCACAGGCCCACAUGGCAAUGAACUCGUCUCAGGAGCCACAUCCCAAACACUACCCCAAGCCCAUCUACUCCUACAGCUGUCUGAUCGCCAUGGCCUUGAAGAACAGCAAGACAGGCAGCCUGCCCGUGAGUGAGAUCUACAGCUUCAUGAAGGAGCACUUCCCCUACUUCAAGACAGCACCUGACGGCUGGAAGAACUCCGUGAGGCACAACCUGUCCCUGAACAAGUGCUUCGAGAAGGUGGAAACCAAGUCCAGCGGCUCCUCGCGCAAGGGCUGCUUGUGGGCCCUGAACCUAGCUCGCAUCGACAAGAUGGAGGAGGAGAUGCACAAGUGGAAACGGAAGGACCUCGCCGCCAUACAUCGCAGCAUGGCCAACCCUGAGGAGUUGGACAAGCUCAUCUCAGAUCGCCCAGAAAGCUGCCGGCGUCCUGGAAAACGAGGGGAGCCUGAAGCCCCCGUGUUGACUCACGCCACCACAGUGGCCAUGGCCCACAGCUGCCUGGCCAUCUCUCAACUCCCACCGAAGCCACCGAUGACCCUGUCCCUGCAAUCAGUGCCUCUGCACCACCAGCUCCAGCCCCAGGCACACCUGGCCCCAGACUCCCCGGCGCCGGCACAGACCCCACCUCUCCAUGCCCUACCCAGUCUCAGCCCAGGGCCUCUCCCGCAACCAGCCAUGGGUAGGGUUCCUGGGGACUUCCUCAACAUCAACAGUGACAUGAACACAGAGGUGGAUGCCCUGGACCCUAGCAUCAUGGACUUCGCUCUACAGGGUAACCUGUGGGAAGAGAUGAAGGAGGACAGCUUCAACCUGGACACACUGGAGGCUUUCGGAGACUUCCCGCUUGGCUGUGACCUGGGAGCCCCAAGCUUGACCCCCAUCACUGGCAGCGGUGACCGGUCCUUCCCUGAUGUGCAGGUGACAGGUCUCUAUGCUGCCUACUCCGCCACCGCCGCAGACAGUGUGGCCCCGUCGGCGGCCAACUCUGCGCAGUACCUGGCUACACCAGGGAACAAGCCUAUUGCUCUGCUUUGAGCCGGUGGCCCGGAAGAAAGGGCGCCUCGGCUACACCGUGUCUCGAGCCCAUUGCUGACGGGGGAAAUGACAGCUUGAGGUUCCUCCUGCACCCCAACAUGCUGCCACAGGACACUCCUGGGACACCCAACGGAAGCAGAGCGGGGAUGGCAAGCCCUCUACCUCCCCAUCUUCUGCAGGACCUGAGACAGAGGCAUGGCCAUGGUGAGACCCGGCUCUUAAGAGCCUGGCUCCUGGCAGAGCUCAUCUUGGGACACAGUGGUGUGUCCCGGAGACACAGGAGAGGAAACUCUGAGCACACACGUUCUCCCAGGAGAGGAACCUCUGACUAUGCCUCAGAGCACGGAGAAAGGCCCCGGUCAGCCUUGGAAGUGACAUGAUUGACCUCUGCCACAAACUUCUGCCCCUUGCUCCUAGAGUGUCCAGAGUCAUGCUAUCGAGACUGUGUGUACAUUUAUUUAUAUUUAUUGUGACUCCAGCUAAGAUCCCUAGAAAGAGACCCAUGUUAGACUCCCUGCCGCUCAGCAAGCCUAACUCCCUAGUGACCCCCGAGUCACGAGUCACAUCUCCAGCCUGCUCGGGCAGCCCCCACCCCCAUCCCUGUGAUUCAGAGAGUGAGCAAGCACUUUUGUGACUGGGGAGCGCCCCGUCAUUUUCCUAUUAGGACAGAUCUUUUUCUUGGGGUUUAAUCAUGGCUCACAUCUAUUCCAGGGGAUACACGGGAGAGAAGGUACCGUAGCAUCAAGAUUGGGGAGGAUUUCUCUAAGGCCUGCGGGGCUGAGAUAAGAGGAAAAACUAAAGACCUGGUUGUGCCAGGUUAGAGGCAUGAGACAGGAAGAUGGGAACCUCAGGCCCGAAGGCUCACCACUCUUUGUAGCACCAGUGUAGCUCCCUGUCCGUGCCUGCUGCCUCUUCUUGGCUAUGUCUGUCUUCACACUACCCUCUUGUCCUAUGACUGAUUUUUCCAAGUGAGGGUUCUACAGGCAGGUGGGCCACUGGGGAGGGGGGUGGAGGCCCCCUCCACCCCGCUCCUUUCCAUCUUGAUGUCUGACUCCAUGCCUGAGAGUUCACGGCUCUAGGUUGUUCAGAAGACCCAGCAGGCAGGCCAGCCAUCUGUAAAGGGCAGCGUGAGGUCUUGUCAUCAGGGGCCAUUUUUCAGGUCUCCCCACUGAGACGGCGCGGCCCGCCCAGCCCAGCAGGCCUUGCUCAGCAGCUGUGUGCCAGGGCCCUCGGAAAGUCAUGCAGUUUUAAGUGUGAAGACCCUGUAGGUGUAGUGCUGAAUGUCUGCUGUCAAUAAAGGCUGAACAGCA